GCCCUGACCCCAGGCCGGGCCCCUGCCCCUCUGCCCGCCUGUCCACCUCUGCCGAUCAGGCUGGGCAGGCAUGGGACAAAGGAAGGAGGACCAGCCUUGGACUCUGGUCAACCUCUCUGGAGCCUCCCAGGGAAGGCAAGAGGAGUCGUCGGCAGGGCUAAUGGAAGCUUCUCUGUCCUGUUCCUUGCCCCCAGCUCCACACGGUGCCAUUAACUGUGAGGACCGCCUCGCACCCAAACCUCUGACCCCGAUUUCCAAUCUCCUGCCUUGCCCUCUCUGGAGACGUCCUUUUUCAGACUUUGAGGACCCCGGCGGCCGGAGUCCCCGUGCCAGCGCCAUGAGGCCGCUCGUCGCCCUGCUGCUCCUGGGCCUGGCGGCCGGCUCGCCCCCGCUGGACGACAACAAGAUCCCCAGCCUGUGCCCGGGGCACCCCGGCCUUCCCGGCACGCCGGGCCACCACGGCAGCCAGGGCCUGCCCGGCCGCGACGGCCGCGACGGCCGCGACGGCGCGCCCGGGGCUCCGGGAGAGAAAGGCGAGGGCGGGAGUCCGGGACUGCCGGGGCCCCGAGGGGAGCCCGGGCCGCGAGGAGAGGCGGGACCCGUGGGAGCCACCGGGCCUGCGGGCGAGUGCUCUGUGCCUCCGCGCUCCGCCUUCAGCGCCAAGCGCUCCGAGAGCCGGGUGCCUCCGCCGUCGGACGCGCCCCUACCCUUCGACCGCGUUCUGGUGAACGAGCAGGGACAUUACGACGCCACCACCGGCAAGUUCACCUGCCAGGUGCCCGGGGUCUACUACUUCGCGGUCCACGCCACUGUCUACCGGGCUAGCCUGCAGUUCGAUCUGGUCAAGAAUGGCGAGUCCAUCGCCUCUUUCUUCCAGUUUUUUGGGGGGUGGCCCAAACCAGCCUCGCUCUCCGGGGGCGCCAUGGUAAGGCUGGAGCCAGAGGACCAGGUGUGGGUGCAGGUGGGUGUGGGUGAUUACAUUGGCAUCUAUGCCAGCAUCAAGACAGACAGCACCUUCUCGGGGUUUCUGGUGUAUUCUGACUGGCACAACUCCCCUGUCUUUGCUUGACACCCACUGGAAAGUGAGCUCAAGCUCUCUCACUCCUGGCAAGGAGGGUAUGACACCGACAGGCACAUCAUCUGGGAGGGCUGGCCCCCCCCCUUGGGAUGUUGUGAAGGACUCCGUCCUGCUGCUGGCAGAGAACGGGGACAGAGGCCCUCUGAGAUCAGGGCUGGCAGUGUGGUGCAUUGGCUGGAUUUCUGCCCAAAACCAAAGGAGCGCUCUGUGCUGGCAGGUGUGGGUCCCCCAGUUGCUCUGGCCCAGGACCCCAGAGGUGGGGUGCCCUCUUCCUGGUGCGCUGCUUCUCUGGGUUCUCCCUUUUCCCUCCUAUGCCUGGGCCCUUUUCACAGAGAUUAUUCAAUAAAUCAAAUAAAACAAAACA